GUGCGGUCUUCCCGUCUGGAUCGAGCGAGGGUCAUGCUCUUUGAGUGGAGUGGGAUCGAGAUUUGGCCGGACGCCGAUUGCACGCCGCCGCCGUCCCGAUGUGGGGCCCUUUUCCGGACACCGGGAAUGUCCGGCCGGGAGCGAUGAACCAGCUGGACGCUCCGCGGCCUCUCAACUGGACCAUCCGGAAACUGUGCCAUGCCGCCUUCCUGCCUUCAGUGCGACUGCUUAAGGCGCAGAAGUCGUGGAUCGAGAGAGCGUUCAGCAAGCGAGAAUGUGUCCACAUCAUCGUCAGCGCCAAAGACCCCCACAGGUGCUGUUGCGGGCGUCUCAUUGGCCAGCACGUGGGCCUGCCCCCCAGCAUCUCGUCCAACCAGAAUGACAAGACGGAGCGCGUGACGAAGAGUGACGGAUUGUCUGAGAAAUGGUCCAUCAGCAAGCACACGCAGCUGAGCCCCACUGACGCCUUCGGGACCAUCGAGUUCCAGGGCGGGGGCCACUCCAACAAAGCGAUGUACGUACGCGUGUCGUACGACACGAAGCCGGAUCUGUUGCUGCACCUGAUGACCAAGGAGUGGCAGCUGGAGCUUCCCAAGCUGCUCAUCUCCGUGCACGGUGGCCUGCAGAACUUCGAGCUGCAGCCCAAGCUCAAGCAGGUGUUCGGGAAGGGGCUCAUCAAGGCUGCCAUGACGACCGGCGCCUGGAUCUUCACGGGAGGCGUCAACACGGGGGUCAUCCGACACGUGGGAGAUGCACUGAAAGAUCACGCCUCGAAAUCCAGGGGCAAGAUCUGCACCAUCGGUAUCGCCCCCUGGGGUAUAGUGGAGAACCAGGAGGACCUCGUGGGCAAAGACGUGGUCCGCCCAUACCAGACCAUGUCAAACCCGCUGAGUAAGCUCACUGUCCUCAAUAGCCUGCAUUCCCACUUCAUCCUGGCCGACAACGGCACCACGGGCAAGUACGGAGCCGAGGUGAAGCUCCGUCGGCAGCUUGAGAAGCACAUCUCCCUGCAGAAGAUCAACACACGGAUCGGCCAGGGCGUGCCCGUGGUGGCUCUGAUCGUGGAGGGCGGUCCUAACGUCAUCUCCAUCGUGCUGGAGUACCUGAGGGACACGCCGCCCGUCCCCGUGGUGGUGUGCGAUGGCAGCGGGCGCGCCUCCGACAUCCUGGCCUUCGGCCACAAGUACUCCGAGGAGGGAGGGCUGAUAAACGAGUCCUUGCGUGACCAGCUGCUGGUCACCAUCCAGAAGACCUUCACGUACAGCCGCUCACAGGCCCAGCACCUCUUCAUCAUCCUCAUGGAGUGCAUGAAGAAGAAGGAGUUGAUCACAGUCUUCCGGAUGGGUUCAGAAGGCCACCAAGAUAUUGACCUGGCUAUCCUCACAGCUUUACUGAAAGGUGCCAACGCGUCUGCCCCUGACCAGCUGAGCCUAGCUCUGGCCUGGAACCGCGUGGACAUCGCCCGCAGCCAGAUCUUCAUCUACGGACAGCAGUGGCCGGUGGGCUCCCUGGAGCAGGCCAUGCUGGACGCCCUGGUACUGGACCGCGUGGACUUCGUCAAGCUGCUGAUCGAGAACGGCGUUAGCAUGCACCGCUUCCUCACGCUGUCCCGGCUGGAGGAGCUCUACAACACAAGGCACGGACCUUCCAACACCCUGUACCAUCUCGUCAGAGAUGUGAAAAAGGGUAACCUUCCACCUGACUACCGGAUCAGUCUGAUUGACAUCGGAUUGGUCAUCGAGUACCUGAUGGGUGGAGCUUAUCGUUGCAACUACACGCGCAAGAGAUUUCGAACUCUCUACCACAAUCUCUUCGGCCCUAAGAGGCCAAAGGCCCUGAAGCUGCUUGGGAUGGAGGACGACAUGCCGAUCCGCCGGGGCCGCCAGAAGACGACGCGCAAGCGCGAGGAGGAGGUGGACAUCGAUUUGGAUGACCCGGAAAUCAACCACUUCCUGUUCCCCUUCCACGAGCUGAUGGUGUGGGCGGUACUGCUGAAGAGGCAGAAGAUGGCACUGUUCUUCUGGCAGCAUGGUGAAGAGGCCAUGGCCAAGGCGCUUGUGGCCUGCAAGCUGUGCAAGGCCAUGGCGCACGAGGCCUCGGAGAACGACAUGGUUGACGACAUCUCGCAGGAGCUCAACCACAACUCCAGGGAGUUCGGGCAGCUGGCUGUGGAGCUCCUGGACCAGUCGUACAAGCAGGAUGAGCAGAUGGCCAUGAAGCUGCUGACCUAUGAGCUGAAGAACUGGAGCAACGCAACGUGCCUGCAGCUGGCUGUGGCAGCCAAGCACCGCGACUUCAUCGCCCACACCUGCAGCCAGAUGCUGCUCACCGACAUGUGGAUGGGGCGCCUGCGCAUGCGCAAGAACUCCGGCCUCAAGGUGAUCCUCGGCCUCCUCCUGCCACCGUCCAUCCUGAGCCUGGAGUUUAAGAACAAGGACGAGAUGUCGUACGUUCCUCAGGAGCAGGAGGCCUACCUGCAGGAGAAGGAGUCGGACGAGGCCGACAAAGCAGCAAAAGAAAAGGACGAUGAGGACAUGGAGUUCACCGUAAGGGCAUACUGUGAGGCGCAGUACAACUCCGUGGCCAUGCUGGGGACCGUCAGCUCCGAAGCGUCGCGCAAGAAGGCCGCGGAGCAGGCACAGAACCGCCACCGGCUGAUCCCCGCGGGCCGCAAGAUCUAUGAGUUUUACAACGCCCCCAUCGUCAAGUUCUGGUUCCACACGAUGGCCUACGUGGGCUACCUGAUGCUGUUCAACUACAUCGUGCUGGUGAAGAUGGACCUUUGGCCUUCACGGCAGGAGUGGAUCGUGAUUGGCUACAUUUCACAAAUGGUAGAGAAAAUGAGAGAGAUUCUGAUGUCGGAGCCUGGUAAGAUACUGCAGAAAGUGAAAGUGUGGCUGCAGGAAUACUGGAACAUCACUGACCUCAUGGCCAUUCUCAUCUUCUCCAUUGGCAUGGUGCUCCGCCUCCAGGACCCGCCCCUCAUGAGUUAUGGGCGGGUCAUCUACUGUGUCAAUAUCAUCUAUUGGUACAUCCGCCUGCUCGAUAUCUUCGGAGUAAAUAAAUACUUGGGCCCCUACGUGAUGAUGAUUGGCAAGAUGAUGAUUGACAUGAUGUACUUUGUGAUCAUCAUGUUGGUGGUCCUGAUGAGCUUCGGGGUGGCGAGACAGGCCAUCCUGAACCCCAAUGAGGACCCCUCCUGGAUGCUGGCGCGGAACAUCUUCUUCAUGCCGUACUGGAUGAUCUAUGGCGAGGUCUUCGCCGACCAGAUCGACCAUGUCAAUAGUAGGAAGCUACAGACCAGGCUGAACGAAAAACUCUGGCCGGUCGAAAAUUACAUUCGUGCUCAAGGAACUGGGCGUAACAGUGGUCCAUCCCACAUAGCGCCCUGCGGCCAGAACGUCACCACUGAGGACGGGGCCAUCGUGACCCUGCCCCCGUGCAAGACCGGAGCGUGGAUUGUCCCCGCCAUCAUGGCCUGCUACUUACUCGUGGCCAACAUCCUUCUGGUCAAUCUGCUCAUCGCUGUGUUCAACAACACCUUCUUCGAGGUGAAGUCCAUCUCCAACCAGGUGUGGAAGUUCCAGCGGUACCAGCUCAUCAUGACCUUCCAUGAACGUCCUGUGCUUCCUCCUCCCCUCAUCAUCUUCAGUCACAUGACCAUGGUCCUGAAGCAUCUGUGCUGUCGCUGGAGAAAGCACGACGAUGAUGAGCGGGACUUCGGCUUGAAACUCUUCAUCACGGAAGAUGAGCUGAAGAAAGUCCACGACUUUGAAGAGCAGUGCAUUGAGGAGUAUUUCCGAGAGAAGGACGACCGCUUCAACUCCUCCAACGACGAGAGGAUACGCGUGACAUCCGAAAGGGUGGAGAACAUGGCCAUGCGUCUGGAGGAGGUCAACGAGCGCGAGCACUUCAUGAAGGCCUCCCUGCAGACCGUGGACAUCCGCCUGGCCCAGAUGGAGGAGCUGAUCGGCCGCAUGGCCGCCGCCCUGGAGAGGGUGGCGGGGGUGGAGCGUGGCGAGAUGAACAGAGCACGCUCCAGGACCUCCUCUGACUGCACCGACACAAACUACAUCCUGAGGCAGGGCAGCUUCAACAGCCAGGAGGGCAACGCCGCCUACCGGCUGCAGGAGUCUCUGGAGCAGGGCGGCGAAGAGUCGCUCUCACCCACCUCACCUACAGCGCUAGUGCCGAGGGCACGGAGCCACUCCUUCUACGUGGGGCACGCCUCCAGGGAGAGGUGUGGGCCGGACCGCACGGAGGGUAUCUUCAAGGAGCGCUCCUUGAGCUUGCACCGAGCCAACAGCUCGCAGUCCGUUUCGUCGGGGGCUGGCCCCAAAGAGUGCAGGCCUGCCCCUCUGAACACGCUGUCAGUUCAGCAACAACAUCGACCUUCGUCCUGUAUAGAUAUAUACGUGUCGACUUCAGAAGAGGCCCCGCCCACAGAGACCUUCCUGGAGCCAAUCAGGAUGCUCCCUCCACUUGCACGAGACUCCUCCCUCCAGUCCGAGAUCAUUGAAGGGGCGCUAUCCGGGGGGCGGGACUACGGGGUAAGGGCGGGGCCAAGCGAAAGACAACCAGACGGCACAGUCCUAUUCGAGGACAGUGCCGCCGCUGACCUAUCGCUGUGCUCCGCCCACCUGCUACCAGAAUCCCUUCCCCCCUGGGACCCAGAUCCAUCCCCUCCGCCGUCGGCGGGCAUCCUGGAACGUUCCAAGAGCAGCCGCUUCCUCUCGGCAGCGGGGCACCUGUUCCUGGAUGAGCCGCCGCUGGUGAAGUCCCACAGCCUGAUGUUCCCCCUGCGUGGUUACUAUGGCGGCAUGGGUGUGCAGGUGAAGGCGGCCGAGUACACCAGCAUCACGGACUGCAUCGAUACGCGCUGCGUCUCCGCCCCGUACCCGGCGCCCGAGCGCUCCGACUCCCCCAGCGGCUCAUUCACCUUCGAGAAGCCUCAGGACAUGGGCGUCUCACACCCGGAGCGGGACGCGGAGCUGAGCCACGCCGAGUCCGACCCCGAGGAGUCUGCCGAGGGCCCGGCCAAUGCCGGCAGGCCCUGCCCCGGCGGGAGCGGAGGGGGCGGCAUGGCCAUGGACCUGGGCCUGGGCCUGGCUCUCGGGCCCUUCUGCUCUCCGCUGUCCAGGUUGGAGCGGGCCAACAGCUGCUCCUCAUCAGAGGACUCUCACUCCAACAUCUACGCCCGGAAGAGCUUCUCCAUCGGCGAGCGCAUGGACAAGGGCCGCAGCGGCUCCAGGAAUCCAUUCCAGAGGAGCAAGUCUGGCGCCAGGCCCGAGGGGAAGAAGGACACACUCUCCCUGAGGAAGCUGGCUAAACCCUCAGCCUUCCAGAGCUUCGACGGCAGGCACAACCUCACGUGAUGACAGUGGAGGUUACGGAUCAUGACGUCAUAGAGCUACUGUAGUAUGCGUAGGAUGGAGAAAGGGGCUCUAACUUGUUCGUUGUCCAAGGGCCCAUCCAUCAAGCAGUCAGCACUGUUUGGGUGAAUUAUGUGCUCCACAUUGUAAUGGUCUGUGAUGGUGAGCAAAUUAGCGCACUAUGACGCCGUAGUACAUGUCUGGAUUUUCUUCAGUUAGACGAACAUUGCCAACUGGCUAAAAAUGGUUCCUUUGAACUGCUAAUGUCUAAUGUUCAUUCUUUUCUGUGGUUUGGGGUGGAAAUAGAAGAGCAGACUUCAAAUGCAUUUUCUAUAGAAGAACAGGGCAUUCCCUACACAGUUUAGAUCUAAACAGAAUGACUUUCCUCUCUCUCUACUCUAAUCAAGACCAAUGGAAAAUACAUCUUAAUAUUUUGAUUUCUCCUAUCCAUGUUUUAAUCACAUUGAUUGUGGUUCGAAAUCUAACUCAGCUUAAACCUUAAAAGGAAAUACUGAAAUAUUUUUUAAGAAGGAAAUAGACAUGAGGUGAGAUUUUGUUGUAUAUAAUUUUUUUCAUUUAUCUUGGACUUAUUUACUCUCUACCACAUAAGGCACACACUUCAACACAUGUAGACAUUCUUAUAUGUACAAACGCACAUAUAUUUUCUCAAAUGUGGAAUGUAGAUUCAAUCUAGAUGAUCAUGAGACAUACUUUUUUUUGAACCCUUGCUUUUUAGACCCUUAUAGGGUGCAACCAGUGCUUUUUAAAUGUUUGCUCAUAUAAGUUGAAGAGCUACACUAUUUAAUUUUAUUUUUUCCCCACGAAAUUUCUCUAGGCCACGUUUCUCUAACCAUCCUAGCAGGACACUAGAAGAACAAAUAUCAAGCAUGAUAUUAAAAAUCGCCUUGGCUUUCAACGUUCAACGCAAACACCCGUAUGUUCUUAAUCAUACAGCUGCUUCCAUGCCACCGUAUUAUCAUGUAAAGAACACGUCGUGAUUUUACCUAUCCUGUCAUUCUGAAAGUGAACACACUUUCAUUUAAUUAGCCAAAAAUGAAAAGAUUAUCCGAGCACCAAUUAACGCCACCAACAGCUUCAUUUAUUAUACAGGACAGAAUUUGUCUUAAAAAAUGAUUGGAUUCAUGAUCUUUUUAGCUUCUUUCCACAGGCGAGAUGUGUUUAUGUAGACUUGCUAUGCAAGAAGCCGGAGCAGGUGCGCACAGGGAGCGGUUCUUAUGCACUUUAGGACAGGCGUUGGUUGGACGUGUGCGCAUCUCUACACACUGCGAGCCUUCCCGGGGGUCUGGAGUGGAGCCGUGAUACCGGGGGGCUAGGACUCACCAACUGGGACCGCAUGCUGCCGUUAACGUUGUGUUCCACAUUUUUAAAACACUGAUUGGGCAAAAACAGCUCGCAAGUGCAUUUUUUGUCGUCAUUUUCUUUUGUCAUAUAGUUUCUUUGCAUUUUUCUGUUCAAACAGGCUACAGUAUGAUUACUAGCUUAAUUACCUUGCUUUGUCACAUGUAUAUACAAACUUGAUUUCAGAAAUUAUUCUUUAUGACGAUUAUUUUCUGUGGUUAUGCUGGGGGAAUUUGGGUAGCACUGCAUAUUUGCAUUUUCUUUUAAAAAGAAAAUCUCACUGGCUAUAUUUAUCCGUGUCAUAUUUGCAGAAUCACUUUAAUUUGUUUAUGUUUAGUUCUUUUAAAAAAAAGAAGCAACCCUAAAAUUUCAGUGACUAGUCGAAAGACAAAGUAGUGUUAGAACUGAGACUUUGAAGCAAUACAACUAAAAGGAAACUAUUGUGAGGUUUAAAAAUGAUAAUAGGAAGAUUAUCAGUGUCCUGUCUGCCUCCACUAUGUAACCUAGUUCUUUUGCCUUAUUCACGUGCAAUAGCGAUAAGAGAUUUUAAUAUUUAAUUACUAAAAUCCACUCUAUAUCACAAGAUAUAGAAGUAGUCAUUGGAGAUCUGUGUUAACCAAAAACAAGUUUGAAAAAAUAGACUAAAAAUGUCAAAUGUAUUUUUCUUGUGCAUAUUCAGAUCACUGUGGCUUCCAUCGAGUCUAAUAUAUUGCAUAUUACUGCGGUUUCUUUUACGCAGUUUGACCUUUGACCCAAACAAAGAGAAGGGCAACAGCAUAGGAGCCUUAAACGAAGGGUGUGUCUACAGAGCCUUCAGACCAAGGCACUGGACUGGUUUCCAUUACCAUUGGACUGGUUCCAGCCAACAGGGAAGUGAAGCUUUGGUACUGGGGCCUGUGCUGUUUGAGACCCCCCCGACACACCUGGGCAAGGUCUUCUGCUAAUCAUGAAGGCCUCUGUGAGUUGGUCCACCAUGCACACUUGGCCCCAGAACCGUUCCCUGUGCUGUACGACAGCGCCCAUGAACCUUGGUGUUCGGGGGGAACCACCUCCCAAUGCGCUCUUGAUCAGUGCAUCUAGAACUCUCUUCAAACAAGAGCAGGUAUCCCAUAAGCACCUGGCUUGUCACACGUCUAGGUUCUGUACGCAUUCUCCAUAAAAUGCACGGACCCUGGAUCAUCGCUGCGUUUAACAUGAAGGAGCUAGAGAGAAGGUUUCUGUGAAUCUGUUAACACUAUGAAACAACCUUCCCAGCGUUGUGCCAAAACCAUAUGAGGAAACGUCAUGUACAGUAUUUUCUUAAUAUUUUCCUAUACAGUAGCAAACAGGUUUGUGAAUUAUACUCCACAUUGAAACCCACAUUUAUCCCUCAGCCCUGUCACCUUUUUUAUUUGUUUGUGAGCACUUGUUUGCUAAUGAGUCCAAGCACACGUUUUCCGCAAUAAUAUUGUAGUUUUAUCUGAAGGGGUCAUAGUUGAUUUAGUGUCCUAAAAAAAUGCAUGUCGUUCUUCCACAGGAUAUGAAAUGAAUUCUGGGAAGUGAGAGAACAGAGGGUAUGGGUGGGAGGAGUCUCACCCACCCACAGUAGUAGGUUAAGUAUUUGGAUGCAAAUACAAAUAUGUAUUCUUUAAUAUUCCUUAAUGUGAAUAGGAUGUUUGGCAUGUAUUACUAAAUAAAUGAAUAUUUAAGUGAA